GAGAGAGAGAGAGAGGCACCGCUGGUCAUUAGAGUGGCUGCUUCACUCAUGAGAACUUGCUGCUGGCUUCUCUGGUGACAACGGAUCACAGGUAGGAGGACGCAGCAUCAGACCAAAGAUGGGUUUCGGUGAAGACCUCCGGUGUCCACAGGCGCAUGCAGCCGUCAUGAGGCUAUUGGACUCUGAGCUUCACCUGAUGGAGGUCAUGAAGAAGUGGAUGGGUCAGCGGGCGAAGAGCGAGCGAGAGUUUUCAGUCCAGCUCCACCAAAUGACUGCCAUCGCUGAGAAGAUGGACCGGCCUCAGGCCAGCUCAGGACUGGAUUACAUCAGUCAGCUCAACAAGUCAUGGGGAGUGCUGGUCUCGCAGACAGAGUCCCUCAGUCAGUUGAUGAGGAGGCACUCUGAGGAUCUCCAGGAUGGGCCUAUCAGCAAAUUGACUCUGCUCAUCAGAGACAAACAACAGCUGCGCAAAACCUAUGCGGAACACUGGAACCUUCUGAGGCAGGAGCUUAACAAGGUUACCCACACAGAGCUGGAGAGGUUGAAAAACAACUACAGGCAGGCGGUAAAAGAUGCAGCUCAGGCAAGGAGGAAGUACCAGGACACGAGUAAAGAUAAGGAGCGAGACAAGAACAGGGAGCGCUACAUAAAGGCUUCCCUAAGACUGUACGAGCUGCAUAAUGAGUACGUGCUGUCAGUGCGAGCAGCUCAGGUUUACCAUCAGCAUCACUACAGCCAGAUGCAACCAGCUCUGCUCAACGCGCUGCAGACCCUGCAGCAGGAGAUGGUGCUCAUCCUAAAGGAGAUUCUGCAGGAAUACUUUGAAAUCUCAACCGUCCUAAGUCAAGACGUAAUGAAGAUUCACAACGAGAUGGCAUCCGCCCUCGCGGCCAUCGACCCACACAGGGAAUAUGAAAGCUUUAUCCAGCAGAAUCGGUCUGUUGGGGAGAUACCUGUUUGUACAGACUUUGACUGCAGCCUCCUAGAGGAGACUGACAGGCUGAAGCCCAAAGAGAUUGAGCUGAAUGACCUCACUCUUGAGACAAUCCAGCAUAAGCUGACAGCCAUAGAAGAGGAAUUGCUGAACCUGGCGCGGUCUCUAGGCUCUCAGCAGACAUCUGUUGAGCAGCUGGAGCUGGAACUGGAAAAAGAGCAGGAGGGAAACAAAAAAGGCCAGAGGGUCUAUCAGUUCAGCAAGAGACAUGCGAUGGAGGAGUGCAGACAGCAAGUUGCUCUGUCUCAGGGUAUAAAAGCCAAACUGGAGGUUCAGAGGCUUCUGCUUAAGGAGAAACUGGACGUGCUGGGCUUCAGAGAACCUCCACUCGCCCUGAGGCUGGACAUGGACUCUGUUUCCCUUUCAUCCAAUGAAAACCCUGUUAAUUCAGGGAAAGUCCUCGUGGAUGGCGUCAUGAACCAUCUGAGCAACCUGUUUAGACAGAAACCUGAGGUUCUCCCAGUCCUCUCUGCCGUGCAGGAAGUGGACCGUCCGCUUCCUCAGCAAGACUGGUACCAUGGAGCCAUUCCCCGACUGGAAGUCCAGCAGCUGCUCCAGAAUGAUGGAGACUUUCUAGUGAGACAGAGUCAGGAAAAACAGGUUUAUGUCAUCUCUGUGCAAUGGGAAGGAUCAUGCAAGCACUUCCUCAUUCAGAACACGGAUAAUUUGUAUCGUCUGGAUGGAGAAGGCUUCACCAGCAUCCCAAAGCUUAUCCAUCACCUGCAUUCGUCACGCCUGCCUGUCACCAAAAAGUCGGAGGCUGUCCUAAAGAAACCUAUAGUGAAAGACAAAUGGGUGCUGGAACAUGACGACAUUAUCUUGGGACCUCUCAUUGGAAAGGGGAACUUUGGAGAAGUGUACAGCGGCCGUUUACGUGCAGAUAAUACUCCUGUAGCUGUGAAAUCCUGCAAAGAGAACCUGGCUCCAGAACAUAAGAGCAAGUUCCUGAUGGAAGCCAGGAUCCUGAAGCAGUAUAACCAUCCAAACAUUGUAAAAUUAAUCGGAGUCUGCACACAGAAACAACCAAUCUACAUCAUCAUGGAGCUCAUUUCGGGUGGGGAUUUUCUCACCUUCCUGCGGACUGAGGGUCACAGUUUGACAGCUAAAAUGUUGGUCAAAAUGACUGAAAAUGUUGCUGCGGGAAUGGAGUACCUGGAGAGUAAGAAGUGCAUCCACAGAGACCUUCACUCAAGAAAUUGCCUGGUUGCAGAACGCAAUGUGGUUAAGAUCAGUGACUUUGGGAUGUCCCGUGAGCGAGAUGAUGGUGUCUACUCUGCAGAGGGGGGUCUCAGACAGAUCCCUGUCAAAUGGACUGCUCCAGAAGCCCUGAACUAUGGUCGUUAUACCACACAGAGUGAUGUGUGGAGCUUUGGUGUCUUGCUUUGGGAGACCUUCUCCAUGGGGAUGACUCCCUAUACAAGCAUGAAUAACCAGCAGACACGGGAUGAGGUGGAGAGAGGAUACCGUAUGCCUUCUCCUCAUGGCUGCCCAGUGGAGAUAUCCAGGGUCAUGAACAACUGCUGGCAGUAUGAUCCCAAAAACAGGCCGACAUUCAGGAAAAUCCGGUCUGAGCUCAGUGCUAUUCACAACAAAAUCACAUGAUAUCAUCGUCUCAUUAGACUUUUAUCUAAACAUUUUAUUAGAAAUAGUUAGAACUUGUUUUAUACAUUUAUUUUAUUUUUAUGAGUUGAGUAUGAAAAUUGAGUCAGAACUCAAAGAUCAAAUAAAAAAUUUAAUCCCUUGA